UCACAUUUUAGGUGGAGGAGAAGCGCGCAAACCGAGAAAGAUCCUCACAAGUUACCCAACAAGGGACUUCACGUGGGACUGAAUCCAAGACAAUUUUUAAAACAUUUUAGAACAUCAUGCUUUAUUUCACUUACGAAGCUUUGGCUGUAAAUCUCUGAAAAUCAAAAAGUCUGGUUAGCAGUUCCAUUGCACUACUUGCAGAGCUGAUUGAAGUCCAAAGACUCAGUAUGGCAGAAAAUAAAGCCACUAGUGUGUUGAGCUGGGAUCAAGUCAGCAGUUUGAAUGAUGUCCUUACUGAGGUGGUACUUAUUCAUGGCCGUGGAAAUUUUCCAACCUUAGAAGUCAGGCUCAAAGAUGUGGUUAAGACUGUGAGAACCAGGCUUUUUGAAAGUGGAAUUCCAGUUCGUGAUGUCCGUCUUAAUGGGUCAGCAGCUAGCCAUGUCCUAGUAAAGGAUAAUGGCUUAAACUACAAAGAUUUGGACUUGAUUUUUGGGGUUGAUCUACCAGGGGAAACAGAAUUCCAGUUGGUAAAAGAUGUGGUGUUGGGUUGUCUGUUGGAAUUUCUUCCAGAAGGUGUCAACAAGGAACGAAUCACACCGCUUACACUCAAGGAGGCUUAUGUGCAAAAAAUGGUGAAAGUCUGCACAGAUACAGACCGUUGGAGCUUAAUCUCCCUCUGCAACAAUAAUGGGAAGAACAUAGAGUUGAAAUUUGUGGAUUCGCUCCGUCGCCAGUUUGAGUUCAGUGUUGACUCUUUCCAGAUCAUCUUGGAUUCCCUCCUAUUUUACUAUGACUACUCUGAGAACCCAAUGAGUGAGCACUUUCACCCAACGGUGAUUGGAGAAAGUGUAUAUGGGGACUUCGAGGAAGCAUUAGGUCACCUCAGGAAUACACUGAUUGCAACCAAGACUCCAGAGGAGAUCAGAGGAGGAGGACUGCUGAAAUACUGCAAUCUUCUGGUGAGAGAAUUCAAACCAGCCAGUGAAGAGGUGAUCAAAUCCUUGGAGCGGUACAUGUGUUCUCGUUUCUUUAUUGAUUUCCCAGACAUUACUGAACAACAAAGAAAACUGGAAGUGUACCUCCAGAACCACUUCAUUGGAGAGGAGAAAAGCAAAUAUGACUAUCUGAUGAUCUUGAGGAAUGUCGUGAAUGAGAGCACUGUCUGUCUGAUGGGACACGAAAGACGCCAAACUCUCAACCUAAUCAGCCUUUUGGCCCUCAGGGUGCUGGCAGAGCAGAAUAUCAUCCCCAAUGUCACCAAUGUAACUUGCUAUUACCAGCCUGCUCCUUAUGUCAGUGAUGCAAACUUUAGCAACUAUUAUGUAGCGCACAGUACCACCUCAUACCAACAGUCGUACCCUACUUGGCUUCCAUGCAACUAAUAAGUAAUGCUAUGUUCACAGUUGACUUGUGUGCAGAUUGAUGCAGCUCAGCUAGCCUUAAUGGCUUCUUUCAUUCACAUUAGCUGAGAAGGGAGCAAACCCUGUGACUGUUGUACCUGUUGCAUGUAUUAAACUGCAAUGACAAUACAAGGAUAAUAUGCACACUAAUUUUUGCUGUAGGGAAAAUCUGAAAACAAAUGGCACUACGUUGUUUGGAACAUAUUAGAACAAGAGACUCAACACUAGCAAGAGUCCUGAUAGUACACUGUGUCAUACUGUUCUGGAAACUUAACUUUUGCUUUCUAUGAAGGGAAUUCAAAAAGAAUGUUUAUCUUUCAUGGUGUAUUGGAAAAAUAUUUUUUAGAUCAAAAGCACAAGUAAGCAGUUUGCAAAAUACUGCACAAUAGGAGACAAAAAACUUGAUCUAAUUGUAACUAAAGGGGAUGCACACUGAGCAUUUAUUGAAACUUUUUUUGAUUUAGUAGGGCCACAAAGAUAGAAAUUUGAAGUUUAUUGUGCCUGCCUCAAUUGAUAAGCGGUUUCUGAAGAGACGAGUGGGAGAGGGAAGUGGGUGUUGGGGAGAAAAGAGAAUUGGUAUAUUUUUGUGGUACGAAGUUGCAAAGUCCCAACUUGCAAAAAAGGCAAUAUUUUGGCUAGUUUGCAUAUAACCUAGGCUAUUAGUGUUCUUGGAAAUGAAAAUGUGAUCUGAAUUUCUGCCUUCUGAAUAAAUGACAAAAUUAAUUUUUCAUUUGAAAACUUGAGGGUAAAUAAAACUUCUUGUUGAUAAAACAUUUUAAUUUUCAGAUUUGUCACCUUCCCUUAAUUGUACUAAACUAAUCAGAAAAUAAAACUGAGAACUAGAUGAUCCUCUGCCUAUUUAGUUCAUGUUUGUGAAUUCAGUAUGCCUCCUUUGAGUGAGUUAGUGUUGAAUUAUUUUUGGUGCUGAAAGUUGCGCGAAUGCUUUUGUUGAUUCUGCACCAUUAGAAUCUUUCUUUUGGCUGCUUGCAUCAGCCUUUUAAUCUGAAUGACAUUCCCAGGCAAUGAAAAUAUACUGAAGUCAUUGUAUUCUUCUCCAGUUCUGUAAAGCUGGCUUUAGAAGGUAUGGAGUCUACAGGUGUCACUUUUUUGAUCCAUGCCCUAAGUUCAGUGAGUAUACUGGGUUAAGGAUAGAUGAAGCACAAGUUCCAGAUUUGAAGUCUGUCAGUAUAGUUGGCUGUCAAAAGCUUUAUUCACAAAAUAAAGAAAUGUGGAUUGUUCAGAGUUGUAGGUGGAGGGAAAAUCUCUUGCAAACAUUUGUGGUAAUGCUAAGCUGCUAUCUAAAUCUAGAAAAUUGCUGAUAGGAAAACAGUAUGGAUUUGGAUAACUUUGAGUAGGUUUUGGGUAUUAGGGUAUUCAAGGUAGCGAUUGAAAUUUGAUUUGCACACUGCUUCAGGAUGAAGUUUGGGUUCUUCCAUUUGCUUUCCAAGGUGACUUGUGGAUUGUUCUCUCAACCAUUUGCAGCAAAAGAAGACUAUUUCUUGAAGAUCUUGAGUGUUGAAAUCACAAGUUUGAGCAUGGUAUUUAUCACCUGGCAUUAAUUGCUCAUUUUAAAUACUGCAAGAGAUUUAAAGCAGAAAGGACAUUCUGUUUAUAAAUUCUCCUUGCAUGGCACAUUAAAUGUUAACACCAGGCAAAAUGCAGUACUUCGUGUUUAAAGAUGAGUUUUUUAAAAGAAAACACAGUGUACUAUUGGCGAGGCCUUGUCCUUGAGACUUCAUUACACUAAUGGGGUAAUAAAUGCAGUCAUUGCAGAAGUCCUGGUCCAGCACACAUUCCAGAUUCAGUGUGAACAUAGUAUUGCUGUACUUUAAAUGCAGGGGACAAAAAUAAUUGGCGAUUUUUACCUUUUUAAUAAAAAUUGUAUGCUGAAUUUCCAAACACCAGCUCUGGAAUACAUGGAACUGAAAAUAGGAUAGAACUUUGCAAAUGGAAAGGAUUUCCACCCAUUUUUUUUUUUUAUUUUCACCACCUGCCAAAACAAGUAUGAUUUCAUUAAAUAUACUAAGGGUGCAGGGAAAUGUAGCUAGUACUUGUAUUACCACCAUUGGAGCUGUAGUAAAAUGAAUUGAAGUGCAUUGUACAAAAUAUUUGUAUUUCAACAUCUGUCACUGAAAUAUGUCAAUGAGCUGAGCAGUGAAUCCUGGUUUGAAUUGUGUGCAUGAAAGGAAAUGUACCCAUUGUGUCUAGAACAUGUUUUGCAUAUGGAAAAUGGAGCAGUCUGUGAAUUUUAAACUUGCAUUAGAUUCUCUUGUUGCACUGGGAAUUCUGUAUAUUGUUGACUUCUGUUGCAAUGUUAUAUUACAAGCAAUAGCAGCCUUCUGAUAUCUUGCACAAUUCAGUGAGGGUGUUAAUGAAUAGUUGUUAAACCUUUGGGUGUCAUAACUGCACCUUGUCCUGUCCUCCAAAUAAACACCCAAGUAUGCACUUUCUGAGAGAGUCAUUAGUUAGUGACCUGAAUUGGAAAUAUUGAUCUCCUGGUGGGGAGGAAGGGGGUGGUGGUUGGUGGGAGGGGAGAACUGAGGCUAGAUAACUAGGUGAUAGUACUGCACAGACAGUCAGUCAAACCUAGGACACUCCUGGUCUCCAAGGUUUGAUGUAAUCACAGUGGAUUUAACUACAAAGUUAUCACGUCUAGAGGGUACUUUCAUGGUUUUUUAUUUGCGGAACUACAAGUAUGCUCAGUCUUGAGGGUGCAUCAUACUGCAUUUAAUAUUGCAAAACAUGCAGCUUAAUGAGAAAUUAUCAAUGUAUUCAGGAUUAUGUAAAUACUGGUAAGAAUGAUACACUGGAAUUCCUGUGCAGCGUACAUUCUUGUUUGGGCUUUACACUCUCAAACCAGUUGCUAUCCUGUAAGAGCAAGAGGAUAAAAUGAUAAUGAGCUAUCUUAACCCAUCUUUUUCUGUUUUGUGGUGGGGUGGUAAAGCAUGAAUGUUGGGAUUGAGACCUCUCUCGAGUGAGUUGUAUUUUUAUUUCCAGAUUUAAUGAGCUGUUAUUGGCAGUGUUUGUACAUUAAAUUUUUGUUUUCAGAUUGUUAUGCUGCUGUACAUGCUUUGUACAAACCAAAGAACCUGUAGACCUUUGGUCCCUAUUUGACAAUAAAGACUACCUGAUGA